AUGAAGAACCAGAAGAACCAAAAGGAGCUGACAGAUAGACUUGUAGAUCAUUUGGUUGGAAUCAAAAAGGAAUUUCUUGAACGACUUGAUGAUGUUUACCGACCUAAGCAAGGAGCCGUUUAUUCAUUUUUUAGCAGACAAUACAUUGAAUAUGCUGUUAGUGGUGGUUGCAUGACAGAUGGAGAUGACAGAGUUAAUGUCGGUGUCAUUAGCCGUUCCACAGGCAACAAAGUUUAUGAUGUUGUUAAAAAUGGAAAUCUGAUUAAUACACCUAGAAAACUUCGAUUCAGAAUCGAUCCAAUUUGGGCAACAGACGGCAGCAAAUAUUAUAUUAGGGUCACUGUUAAUAGACGUAAUAGUGCGAUAUCUGGAGAUUUUACCACCGUCGAAGAGCCUUAA